AUGACAAAGCGCCACUCUCGGUGCCAGGAAAUGGCGCUGCAGCUCUGUUUCUUCCCGUCCAGGCUGCUGCUGCCAGGAGUUCAAGUCCUCUAUAUCCCUGUCCCGGAUUUUCCUUUCCUUUCGUGCUCUCCGACUGAUCUUAAAAUUGAAUGUUUUCCAGAAGAAGCAGCUGAAGCGAUUGGGAAUUCAACCUUCUUCUGCUCCGUUGCUAAGAACACCGUAAACACCAUUACUUCCACGGGUGGCGGAUUAUUCAAUGAUGAGCGGCAGCAACAUUUCUCGGGAUUCCCUGUGGUCGGAUACUUCCACAAGUUUCAAGCUCGAGGAGGCUGCCAGUACACUUACAGAAACUCCACCAAUUUGGCUCUUCCGGAGUCUGAGAGGCUCGUCUGCGGCUGGGACUUCCGAGCAUAUGGCCAAUUCUGGUUCCACGUCUCGGUAUCUAUCUCCAUCAGCGACGUCGGCAGCUUUAUCCGAGACGUGAAGCAGUUGAGAGACUUGUCGCCAGAACGUCUCUGUCUGCUUGACACUUCCAUGACAUUACUGAUUAGAUACUUGAAAGCUUCUCAGGCUUACCUUGGACCGAAGACUGACGCAGCAAAUAUUGGGUUCAUGACGUUCCGAGACAGGAGGCCAGGGGAACCACAGACGUACGAGGACGUUGCUGAGGAGAUAGAGCAGCUUUUACUGUUUAAGUAUAACGGGAAGCCACACUUCGGGAAGAACAGGCCGCAUGCAUUCCGGGACAUUGGAAGGAAGACGAAGAAUUUGUCUAAGUUUCUUUCGGCUAGGAGGAAGUUGGAUCCACAAGGAUGGUUUUCAAGUGAUUGGUCUGACUCAGUGCUGGGAAUCCGAGGAAGCCCGGUGACCACAAAGGAUGGAUGUGCUUUGGAAGGACUGUGUGUUUGCAGCGAAGCCAGGCACUGUGCUCUAGACAAAGGAUAUUUUUGCAGACCAGGACCUGUUUACCGCGAGGCAAGAGUCUGCAGCAAUAGAAGUUAA